GAGACGUGCGCCGAUUCUCUGCAGUCAACCAACCCGGCGGCACAGGAAAGCAGCUCUGGCACAGUAGAGGAGAAUUCCUAAAACUGUCUCUCGCGCCACUUUUUUCUUCUUCUCUUCGCCGACAUCCUGGAGAGAGCUUGAUGGAGUGGAAAUCCCCCGCCCUGUCCCAGCCGCGGGUGGACCACCUGGACACCGGUGAGUCCAUCUUCUGCAUCACAAGUUGUCACUCGAGUGACUAUACGAAUGUAUCCCCGUUCAUCCUCCAAAGACCGCUAGGAGAAGGUGAUUCCACCGACACUGCCCGCAAAUCCAAUGUAUCCUACCGCACCGGCAGAAUUACUUGCCACCAUACCGGUAAAUUAUUAUGAGAGCAGCUAGCCACUUCGGUACCUCCAACCUUCCCGCCCAGGGCGAGUUGUCUCCGAAAAGAAAAAGAAAAAAACACGGUGGGUGGGGCCGUGCGGGAUCAAGGGACUAUGGAUUCUGCCCCCUUCAAAUCACCCAUCCGUACCUUGCGAUACGCCUCUGGACCAGGGCAAGUGAGACAAACAACCAGACCUGGGGGAGCAAUUGUGACGUCUGGCUACUGGCCCUUCCCCCAUACCGUACUCUCGCGAAUCGCUAACUUAACUUUUCGGAGACAUAUCAGUAGUGGGGUAGUGCGCCGAAGAAAUUCCCUGCGGUGGGCCGAUGAGCGAGUUCCUGGACGAAGAAUUGAGUGGUGGGCUUGGCUUCGUGUCUGGCACCUCUACUCGAGUAACUGCCCUCCGCGCUAUACUCGCCUGCACGUGUACCAUGUUGUUUCCGUGUCAGUUCGGUCGAAGGAAAACUACUCUAGAAAUUGCUCUCCCCCCUGGGGCGGUACUAGGAAGGUUCGAUUACUACCCCCCCCCAGGAUCAAGCGGAUAUCAGCUGAGUCUGGGCGCUUAUACCGACGGGUUCAGUCUUUACGAGUAGAUCCCUUGUUGGCUGUGUCUCGUGGGGCACUGAAUUUUAACCAAGCUCCUUGGAAGAGAGAAGCUUGGGUGGGAAUGGCUAUUGCCCCAACCUUGGGAUGGAGGAGGAACUGGCGGCGCCUACCCACGUGCUCGGCCCAGACAACUGAUAGAUAUUAUCUGCAAAGGCCACUGUUUGAUCAUGGCGGCAAAGGCUCUUAUCGAGUGCUUGAAAGGUGAUCAGCGGUGAUGCCUAUUUAGGCUUCAUACGACCCAAUGACUUGUGUGCAUUUCCCUUUCAUUCAACCAUCGGCGCACCGACAUCUGCUACCUUGCUUCCAGCACCUUAACUAACGCAACACUAACUUUGUACCCACAUUAUACCCGCAUGGAGGGUUAUAGCGGCAGAUUCGCUACCAAAAGUAUUGUACACACUCGGAAAGUACUCCACGUUUUGAAUCCGAGGUUCUCAUAUUUGCCACGUGCGGAAGGUAGUCUAAAGCCGUUCCAGAAGUGCCGCCGAUAUCUGGGGUUCCGGUACUGAUAUCGCUCCAAGAUUUCUGUAGGAGGAUACCGGUGGUCCAGCAAGUUGGGCAAGCCAAGCGCUGGUGUAGCGGUAAGCUGAAAUGCUCGACAUCUCGCUGGCGGUUGUCCAGGGAUCCCGGUAGUCUACCGAUAGCUCCCAAAUGCUCGUUGUCACAGCCCAGCUCGCCUUACCCAAUCCGAUUGACGCCUCUUACUAAAUGCUCUUCCUGACCAGAACUGCCAAACUCUUGGCACGAGACACCACUUAUUGAUCUGGCAAGCUAAAUUUAGCAUAUUUAGAGCCUGCGGUAAUAUUGGUAAGUAGACAACUGACAGCGAUCCACGACAGUAAUUAUUGGCACGGAAAUACUUCUUGCAACGAAACGGUGCUGGCUCGUCCGACAAUAUUUCAAAUGGGGCAGCCUCGAGUUAUCUGUCUCCCGGUCGUUGGUCGUGCUCUUUGGGCAUCUUCAAUCACCACCAUCCACAUCUUAUCGGGAGCAAACGAAUCGGAAAGCCGAUGGGCCCCGUUGUUGAGCCUAUCACGCGGCGGAAUGUUCAAUAUUGGGGUAACACCGUGGCAUACCACCUUCGCAUCAGGGCGUAGAGGACCUCGCUUCAACAGAAUCCGGUUGUCGAAUAGCUGCACCCAGCUCAUGUUAGUGGGAAAUAAUUCACUUUUUCCUACGCCGCACGAUAAUUAUACGGUAGUCCUGGGCAGGGUACCAUCGUGCUUUAGCGCCUGAGUACCGUAUAGAUAAUCCAAAGAUUUCACUGUGACGCAUAAAAACCAUAGAAAAAGUAAUCCCAAACAAAAGCAAGCUGACAAUAAAUACUUGUACCCGGGUACUUGUACCUCCUUGGCUACCAAGAUAACCACAACCACCCACCCGCUGAUGGUUGGGGGGGGGCUGAUUCAAAUCGUGUCCAUGAUGACGACGACAACCUGGUCGAAAAAGUUGAGCAUUACAAUACUUUUUGGCAGUUUAUCUAUCCCAAGAAUUGUCCUUUUUUUUGGGGAGGGGGGGGGUUCAAAAAAUCGCUGAGGAUCCCAGGGGGCCGGGUUCGGUCCGAGGCCAUAUCUUUCGCACGCGCCGGCAUGUCAAACUUUCAUUUGACUGACCGUCCCCCAAUCCUUUGCGGAGGGGUCUAGUCAUUCCGUGAGGGAAGUUUCGGGCACAGGGUGCAGAUUUAUCAUUCCAAAGGGAUAAUUUGUCUCAAUACCUGACUGGGAAGUAGGACGAAUUGUGGGGUAAUGAUAGCGUGCAUGUGAGUGGUUGGGCCGGCGGAGGUUGUCGCGAGGGAUGUUAUUGGUAGAGAUAAGGGAAUAAUAAAAAAUGCGAUUGUUGUUAGU